AUGGUCUACUGCGGGAAGCCCUCGAGGGGCUGUCAGAUGUGUCGAACUAGGAGGAUAAAGUGUGACGAGACGAAGCCAACCUGUAACCAAUGCGCCAAGUCGCGCCGCCAAUGUCCUGGCUACAAGGACGAAUUUGACCUCGUCUUUCGGAAUGAGACCAAAGCAACAGAGAGGAGAGCUCAGAAGGCGAACCGCAAGGCCCUGGCCCAGAAAGAAAAGGAUCUCGACUCGCCGACGUCAAGUUCGGACAAGAGCAUUUCACCCACAUUCAAGAAGGAGUUUGAUUCGCCCACAGCUGUUUUCCCUGGUCUGAACGUCCCAGUAGAACAAAUGGCCAGUUGCCACUUCGUUGCCAACUAUGUCUUGCUACCCAGGCAGGGAAGCACACGUGGGUUCAUGGAAUACCUAUUACCGCUGUUGAAGGUCGAUCAAGGGAACCACCACCUACAGCACGCGUUCAACGCGUGUGCGCUGGCCUCACUAGGAAACCGACCGAACGCGGCAGCGACCCAAAUGAGCGAGAAGGCACUGGGCCACUACACGAAAGCAUUGGCAGAGACACACAUCGCGCUCAAAGACCCCGACCAGUCCAAGUCAGACGCCACACUUGCUUCCGUUCUUAUGCUGGGUCUCUUCGAAAAUAUGACUGCUCGACAAAUGGGCAUGUUCGCCUGGGGCUCGCACAUUGAGGGUGCCAUUCAACUGGUAAAGGCUCGAGGUCGGAAACAACUCCGGACAAAGACAGGCCUGCUACUCUUCAUCGCUGUCCGAACACAGAUGAUCAUUCACACGCUCAGUACGGGUACAGCACCUAUCAUGGGCGUGGAGUGGUGGCUCAGCGACGCCGUCAAGGACGAGUCCGCCGCACAGUGUCAGAGACUAAACAUCAAGACAGCCGAGCUACGUGCCGAGGUCACACGACUGAUGUCAACAGUGGCCCGAAGCCCAGAGAACAUCGACAUUAUGCUCGACAUGAUACGUCGGGCCCAGACCGUCGACCAAGAAUUCAUGAGCUGGAUGAGGAAUACGCCAGACUACUUCCAGUACACGACGGUAGCGUGGGAGGACAAUGUUCCCAACGGAGACUACGCAAAAGCCGAGGUGUUCCCUGGUCGUGUGGAUGUCUACCAAGACUUCUGGAUCGCGAGCGUAUGGAACAUGGCCAGAGUGUCUCGUCUUAUUCUCGCCUCCGUCAUUGUACGCUGUGCCGCUUGGGUUUGCUCACCCGUUGACUACCGCACAACACCCGAAUACGCGACGGCUGCACGUACAUGUGUGGACACCAUCAGCGAUAUAAUCGCCUCAGUACCCUACCACCUUGGAUGGCAUCUGAAGAGGCCCGAAUUGCUUGAAAGAGCAAACAUUUCAGGCUUUGCAUGCGGUUUGGAGGAAUCGCAAAAGGGUCUUCCCGGUUAUUUCCUCACUUGGCCCCUGGCGUGCUUGCACGGGCAAGACUACACAACGGACGCCCAAAGAGCCUGGGUGGUUGGACGAUUAAAGUUCAUUGGCGAUGAGCUCGGUGUCAAGUACGCCCACAUACUGUCACAGAUGCAAGUCCGCAUUCCAUCGAUGCUCAUCAGGAGGGACGGGCUGAUGGCCCAGCCGUACCCGCAGGCCCACAACUUUGAGAAGCUGCUCUCUGCGCGGUUCGCGCCGCCUUCCGCAGGCUACUCAAUGAACCCUCUGCAGCAACGCGAGGCCAUGCAGAAGGAAUUUGUCGAAAAGCACAAGGCGGAGCUCCUUGCGAAGGCAACCGGAACCGCGGGCCAGGCCGGACAGUGGGUAGCGCAAAAUUGGUUGACGGUUCGCCCAGGCGCUCAAUGA